AUGGGCCAAGUUCUUAACCAGAAUUCCACCCCCUGCUCACAUUUCUGGUGGUGGUGGCUGGGGCAGACCGUCUGGGAGGGGGACACUGUCAGAAGCUGUGUAGCAAAGCUGUUCUUCAGCUGUCCCCUGAAGGGCCACUACUGCUUGUACAGCAAGUCCAGCUUCACCCUGGUGAGCCAUCAGCCUCCCCUGUGGAUCCACAUCAUGUUCCUCUUCCAGCAGAGCUUGUUUGCAGAACCCUUGUCCAUACAGAGCAAUUCCGUGCAAGUCCUCAAGGCCCUGUGGGAGAAGACUCAGCUCAAGGGGAUGCACAGCUUUGAAACUGCCAUGAUCCAGUCGACAUUCCCCCACCAAAAGGACCUGGACCACGUGCAGAUGCACCUGGAAGAAGUGAGGUUCUUUGAUCUGUUUGGCUACAGCGAGGAGGCAGGAGCCUGGCAGUGCUUCAUGUGCAACAACCCCGAGAAGGCAACAGCAGUGGGGAUCACACAGGGACCCAGAGAGCCCAGCUGUGACACUCACUUGGAAAUCACAGAAAGUGGCAUUUGGUGCCGUGUUCUCUCCAGCAAAACCCAGUAUGUCUAA